GCUGACUGCCCUUCGAGCACGUGCAAUGCGCGUGAUCGUCACGUGACGCACACACAGGCAAAACUCCAUGGGAUCGAUUUCGUGGCGAGAGGCCAGACCAAUCUGAACACCAAAAUGCAAAAGGUCUUUUCAUAAACCCAGAGUGUUUGCAAGUUUAGGCCGGUGUAGUGCUCUGUCCACGUGAAAUGUAUUGGACGGAAACAUGUUUGUGGAGCAAAGAAAAAUGGUCCCUCCAGACGGCGGUUGGGGGUGGGUUAUUGUCAUCGGGGUUAGCCUUGUCAACUUAUGUACCAGAGGUAUAGAAACAUCAUUCGGUUUACUGUUUGGAGACCUAUUGAAGGAAGUCAAUGUGGGAACCACCGGGGCAGCCGUCAUUAUGAGCACGUUGGAUGCACUCAUCAAUUUUUCCGGACUGUUUGUUGGACCUCUGAUUCGUGCCUUCUCAUAUCGAAAAGUGGCACUCGUAGGCUCGAUGCUGUGUGGUGCCGGCAUGAUCCUCACCUAUCCAGCCAGAAGCAUGACCCAUAUACUCGCCACAUACAGUAUUAUCAACGGCUUGGGAGUAGGCUUAACCUCAUCGUCAACAUUCGUAGCACUGAAUCAUUUCUUCGUAAAACGUCGAGGUCAAGCUGUAGGUUACUCCUUAGCCGGUACAGCAUUCGGUAUGAUGGUGAUGCCGCAAGCCAUCAAGUAUCUCUUGGUGGAAUUCGGGUUCAGAGGCGCCAUUUUGGUGAUGGGGGGUUUCGCGUUGAAUUCCCUUGUGGGUUCUUCAUUGUUGGAACCGGCGGAAAAGUAUUUUGUCCCGGAAGCUGAGGAGGAUUGUCCUACACAUGUCAAGGAAAUGGAGACCAUAAAAGAAACUGAAGAUGAGGAUGAUGCCCAAGAAGGUGAAACUUUGAUUAGCUUGGAGUUGGCUAAAAAAACAAUGGAGGAAUUAACUAAACCAGUGCAAUUGAAUGGUUUGACGAGGAAGGCCACUUUUCCUAAUUUUCCGAGAAAUUUUUCCACUGCGAGUUUUAUGGGGCCAAGGAAGAGAAAAUUGUCGCACACCAUGUCUAUUGUUUCUAGCUAUUCAAGAUUGGAUGUUACUGGGUCCAGUAUCCAGCUACAUUUGGAUAGAGAUAAUGAAGUUUACGUAUCAACCCAAAAACUCCGACGAAAUAUGAGUUACCCGGGUAAUAUGUUAUCACCAGAACGUAAAUAUCUGAAGGAGGUUCCCGUGGUGAAUGAAAAAUUGGACGAAAAAAUUCAGCAGUCGCUUUGGAAGCGCAUAGUAGAAUUCAUGGACUUUGACCUGCUGAAAGACCCGAUUUAUUUGAACUUGGUUUUUGGUUUGUCGAUCGUCUACGUCGCCGAGCAGAACUUCAAGAUGAUCACGCCGUUCUUCUUCGAAUCGAUUAACUACGACAAAUCGGACAUCGCGUUUUUCCUAUCGCUGCAGGGAGCAACCGACAUCCUGGCUAGACUGGUGCUGCCACCUAUCUGCGACCGUCUUCCAGUAACGAAAAGGACGUUGUUUAUGGGGGGGAUAUUUAUUUUGGGUAUAUGUAGAUCAGUUCUGGCCGAACAAACGGAAUAUAACAUGAUUAUAGUAUGGAUUAUCAUAUGCGGAUUCUUUAGAGGAGCCGCUCUCAUUAAUUUUACCAUCACGAUAUCCGAAUAUUCCUCUCUGGAAAAAUUACCAGCAGCAUUUGGGCUGCACAUGGUCGGAAAAGGGCUGUUUGUGGUAUUCAUGGGACCCAUUCUAGGAAUAAUUCGAGAUGCCACAGGGAGCUUUCCACUUUGUCUUCACUGUCAAACGUUCCUCCUUAUGUUUUGCGUGAUGGUUUGGAGUAUAGAGUACGCAAUAAUAUACUUGAGAAGCAGAGACGCCGAUUCAGAUACAGAUACAAGUACAGCUUAAUUUUUACCAUCAUAAAAAUUAGAGUUAAAAGAAGUGGGUAAAAAAUAGGCGUUUGGAGUUAUAGAUGUUGUAAUAUUGUCGUGUUAUGUUGAUUUUUUUUUAAUAUUGAUUUGUUUUUCCCUUUUUAGCCUUUAGAUGUUGUUUAACGAUGAGCAAUAUAAAGUGACAUAAUCAAAAUCAUUUUUUUUUCAAUUCAAUAAAAUGGCAAUUUUUUUUUAGUACUAACAUUGCUUCCCUAUGAGUUUCCAUAUCCAUUUGUGGUUAAAUAAUGAAUUUCUUGAUAAACCUUGACAACAUUUAUCCAGAAAUUUGACGUAGAUAGACUUUAGUAAUAUUUAUAAUGGUUUCAUAGGAAAUAUAACACAAUUCAGUAUUAGAUAGAAC